ACAUUUUAUGAGAGUCGAUGUCCCUUGUGGCAACCUCAGUGGGGGUUUAGCAUUUACGAAUAUAAGUUGCAAAUUACUGAGGAUUGCCAUCCGGGAGUUUCGUCAUGAAGGGGUUCGUGAAUAUUGUUGUCAUCUGUGUGAUACUCAUUUGCAGUAGAGUGCCUGAGGCGCAAGUCACAAAUCUCACAUUUCCCGAGAAUUUCACUCUCGGGUCAGCAACCUCAUCCUACCAGAUAGAAGGAGCGUGGAACAUUAGCGACAAGGGUGAGAACAUCUGGGACUGGUGGACACACAACUAUCCCGAGAAUAUCGCAGAUGGAAGCAACGGGGACAUUGCCUGCAAUUCUUACUACAAUUACAAGGAGGAUGUGCAGAUAAUGAAAGAUAUAGGAUUUGAUUUUUAUCGAUUCUCGAUCAGUUGGUCUCGCGUGCUUCCAAACGGGUUCGCAAAUGAGAUCAGUGAGGAGGGGAUUCAGUAUUACAAAAAUUUGACUGAAGAACUCUUGGCCAACAACAUCGAACCAGUUGUGUCCAUUUAUCACUGGGAUCAUCCGCUGAUCUUGGAAGAGUUGGGAGGAUGGACAAAUGAACUUAUGGUGGAGUGGUUCGCAGAUUAUGCAAGAGUUAUUUUCGAGGAACUUGGACCUCUCGUAAAAACAUUUAUCACGAUCAACGAGCCUUCGGUUUAUUGCUCGAAUGGGUACAACAGCACAAGACAUUCUCCAGGGAAGAUAUUGGAGAACAUGGGGCAUUACAUAUGCAUUCACAACACAUUAAAGGCUCACGCGACAGUCUACCACAUGUACAACGACGAAUUUAGAUCAGAACAACAGGGUCAAAUAGGCCUAACAACUGCUUGCGAUGGAUGGUUCUCUAAUGAUGACAGUAACGCGACUUUGAUCAACCAAGCUUUUCAGUUCAAUUGCGGUUGGGUCGCGCAUCCCCUGUUCGUCGGAGAUUACCCAGAAAUCGUGAAAACAAGAAUAGCUAUGAUCAGCGAACUCGAAGGUUACCCCUUUUCGCGUCUGCCGGAAUUUUCGGAUGAGUGGGUGGAGUACAUCAAUGGAACAGCCGACUUCUUCGGUUUGAAUCACUACACAUCUUACGUCGUAAGUGCUGAUCCAGACGAAGAGUCUGGUAUAUAUAAUAUCGACAGUGGUAUUAUAAAAUCUGUAAAUACGAGCUACCCGCAUGGCAGUCUUUCCUGGAUGUAUGAUACACCCGAAGGAUUCGGCAAUUUACUGCGCAUGAUCAGAGACGAGUACGAUAAUCCCCCAGUUCACGUAUACGAAAAUGGGUACUGCGAUCUUGGAGAGCUGAACGAUUAUGCUCGGAUCACUUACUACAAUGGUUACAUGACGGAGCUAUUAUCGGUCAUUCAGAACGACAGCUGCAAUGUUGUUAGGUAUACCGCUUGGAGUCUACUGGAUAACUUCGAAUGGUCGGAUGGAUAUACAGUAAAUUUCGGUAUCGUCAGUGUGAACUUCACCGAUCCAGAUCGGGCUAGAUCAUCAAAAUUAUCAACAUCCUGGUGGAAAUCAGUCAUGCAGACACGAACGGUUCAAGAUGUUCCUACCAGUGUAUAACACUCACCGUCAAUGAAAUUUUGAAACUACGGACAGUGCACGACCUGCAAUGUCAUCUUUCAACGGCGGCACUUAUUCUCGAAUGCGUCACGUUUGCUUGAAAUAUUUUAUUCAUUUAGACGCAAUUCAAAUUAAAUAAAACUCUGCAUGUUUCCGUUCAGAUGUUUUACCUUAUCUUAAAUGCAGCCGCGAACCGGUAUAAGCCGUAUCAAUAGAACGCACGAAUAAAACUUACAAACCUGUACGGUACAUGUUUUUGUAAUAAUUUCAGCGAGUUGAUGAAGUUUGCAUUCAUUACGACUGGAAAAUAAAGAAUACUUAAUCUAAAACUAGGUUUAAAAUGUAAA